UCGCCUCCCCCCACCAAUCACACACCAACGCCUCAAAGCAGCAUCACACAAACCACGCACCCGCGCGAGAGAGGAAGACAAGAGCGGGAGAAAGGCAGGGAGGCGGCAGAGCGCCCUGGGGACGCGCCACGUAGCAAAAGGCGACGAGCCAAUGUAUCAGGCCAUCCCCUACGGCACCGCUCGGCCGUGGCUCCGGCCAGCGCCCUCGUCCGCUGCGGAGGCGGCCGCCGCCGCCGUCGUCGUCAAGAUGGAGACGAUGGCUUCGUCGACGGAGGCGCGCGAUCAGGACACACGGGACGUGAAGAGGGCCGUGUCGGAGAGCCCGGUCGUGGUGGUGGGCCGGCGGGCCUGCUGCCUCAGCCACGUGGUGAAGCAGCUCCUGCAGGGGCUCGGGGUCAACCCCGCCGUGCACGAGGUUGCCGACGAGGCGGCGCUCGCGGGGCUCGUCCCGCCCGGCCCCGGCGGAGGGGAUGAGGCCGCGGCGCUCCCGGCGGUGUUCGUCGGGGGGGAGCUCCUCGGCGGCCUCGAUCGCCUCAUGGCCGUCCACAUCUCCGGCGAGCUCGUGCCCAUCCUCAAGAAGGCCGGUGCCCUCUGGCUCUAAUUAAUCACCUCUUUCCUUUUUUUUUCCAUCGUUUGUUUCCUUUGGUGUCGUCGGGGUUUGAUUCCUGGCCGUUGGAUCGAAAUUUACAGUACCGCGGCGGAUUUACUCUAGGAUUUUGAUUUACCUUUAUCGGUGUGCUGAAAAACGAGAAAGAAGCAAACAGCAGCAUUUUUAGUGGUCACUAAGUCGUAAUUUAUCUGGUAAACAUUUAUCUGGUCCAGUCAUCGUGUUGUCACCAUGUGACGAGCGGGAAGAAGAAGAGCGAGGGGGCAUUGCAGCAUCUGUACAGUUUGUUGUUUCCAUUUCUGAAUUAAUGAGAAUGAACUGUUCCUUGCCAAAAAA